GGCUUCGACGGCUUCUUUUGCCCGGUCGCGCGCAUGACGGCCCAGCGUCAUCAAUCUUCCGCCGCACAUUCCAUGAACCACUAGCCCGCCUGCCUGUCCCUUCACCAUGGCAAACCGACACCAACGCCCGGGCGGCCUCGACUUCCGCUCCCAGUCCUUCGAACCUCCCACCACCGCGAACUCGCUCACCUCCAACCACCUUGGCCUCGGAAACCUCGCCAGCGCCAGCAUGAGCAAUCUGUCCCUCGGCUCCGACCUGCCCAGCCCGCGCACCGGCGAAGCACCGCCCGCCCUCUCCCCUCUGGAUGCCCUCGCCCUCCAGGGCCGCCUGCUCGCGAAGCGCUUCGAGCAGCAGGACAAGACGGGCCGCCGCCUCAGUCGCCUCGCGCCCCUCACCAUCCAGAACGAGUUCGGCAACCGCGGCGGCUACUUCUCGUCCCUCUCCAACUCGACCGUCAACUCGCCCAACGAAGAUGCAGGCCCCGUCCGCUCCCCGCGCCCCGAGGCCUCUCCGCGCCAGGAGAUAUCGUCGGACAAGAGACACCAGUCCUACUACCCGCAGUUCGGCAUGGACGAGCCCGAGCCCCAGUAUGCCAUUGGGCCGCUGCAGAGCCCCAUGGCCACCAUCGCCGAGGCCAGCCCUGCGACGCCUCCCCAGAGCUACUUCGACAUCCCCAGGUCGCGCUCGCCCGAUUCGGUAGAGCCGCACAUUGGACUGCGCGAGGCCACGCCCGUCAGUCCCCAUGUCCCCGCCGCUGCCACGUCCCACAUGUUCCUCAGCCCACAGCGGAAGCGCUCUGGCGACUCGCAGCAUUCCCAACACUCGCAGCAAUCGCAGCCCCGCUCGGCACCACGCUCCAACCUGCUCCCGCCGCGCUCAUCCAGCUCCCUUCACUCCAACCGCUCGCCAAGCAUCCGCUCCGCCGCUGGCACAUACGACGACGUCGAGGACAUGUCCCUCAGCGGAUCCUACGACUCCCUGCACCAGACGCGCAACCUGUCUCCCAGCUCCAGCCUGUCGAGAGCCCAUUCUCCAUUCACACCUGCCACCGGUCCUACCAUGAUCCCCCGGUCACCAUCAGCCGCUUCCAACUACUCGGUCGAUGGCGGCAGUCUCCCACGCCCUGCCUACAACUUCUCGAGACCCAACUUCUCACGCCCCACAAGUCGCCAAAGCGUCCGUCCAUCAUUGGACGUAAGGUCAGAUGCUGGACCCUCGCGACAGCCGUCCGAGGAGAGCGUGAACAUGAGGCCCUCGUUCGACGACCAGCUCCGCCGACAGGACUCUAACGAUAUCCCUACUGCUCACUACGCCAACGAGCAGGUCCACACUCCCGUCAGCAUGGUAAGCGAGGACUUCCGCCGGUCUGGCGAAUUCGCCAACAACCCAGCCCCGUCCUACACAUACACCAGGUUCAACCUUCCUCGCGGCAGGGCCGUCGACCGCAAGUCUGUCGGCAUUGAGGACUUCUUCAAACGGGAGAUCAAAUGGGAUCAACCAGGAGGCCAGCCCAACCAGACCCAGCCGCGACCACCUUCACCUGAAUCACCGCCCCGUUCUUUCGACCAGACACGCCAGCAACAGCCAGAGGCAAGACGCGACGUUUCUUUCGACCACGGCGCGCCGUCCCUUACAUCCAGCAAUAGCACUAUCCGCGCGCGAACAGCUGGGUCCGUUGGGGAGGUCACAGCGCAACAGCACUGCGACAUGGGACUGGAGCUCCACGAAGCCGGUGAACUACUCAAGUCCACCUACCAUCUCCGUCUCGCAGCUCGCGCUGGUCUUCCAGAAGCCAUGUUCUGGUAUGGCCUCGCUUGCCGCCACGGAUGGGGCAUGCGCGAGAACAAGUCCGAAGCGCUGCAAUGGUUGCGCCGCGCCGUCGACUCUGGACAGCUAGAAGUAGCCGACGACGAGGACCAGUCCAAGCACGGGCAACUGACUGACCUCACCAAGAAGAAGCGACACCGCGCCCAAUACGCCGUAGCCAUCUACGAGCUCGGCAAGUGCUACGGAAACGGCUGGGGCGCUCCUCAAGAUAAAUCCCUCGCACUGCGAUGCUACGAGAUCGCUGGAAAUUGGGGCGAUGCCGAUGCCCUAGUUGAAGCUGGAUACUGUUACGCAGAAGGCGUUGGUUGCAAGAAGAACAUGAAGAAAGCAGCCAAGUUCUACCGCGCAGCCGAAGCCAAGGGCGUCAGCAUGGUGGGCAACAGCUGGAUCUACAAAGACAAAUACAUGGACGACGGCUCCACCGCCUCGGAUGAGCGUUCUGUUCGAUCAGGUCGUUCCGCCACCAAAGACCACUCCAAAGACAAGAAGGCUCGCGACAAAAGCAGGACUCGCACCAUCUUCGGCCGCAAGAAGAGCGCGGCUGAACCUCUCCCUCCUAUGGCUUGAUCCCACCACCAUCUCGCCUUGUACAUGUGUCCACGAACCUUUCCUUUCACAGUCUGUUCUCGCGCACGGCGUCUGGGUUUAAGCAUAUGCUUUGGAGGUCAAAACAUUUUUGCCUUUCGAAUACCCCAU